AUGUCCCUGCUGCCUCCCGAGGUCCACACCGCGCUGUCCCAGCUGCUGCGCGCUCUGAGCACCCCCGACAAUGCCGUCCGAUCGCAGGCCGAAGAGCAGCUGAACAAUGAUUGGGUGCAGAACAAGCCGGACGUCCUCUUGAUGGGCUUGGCCGAGCAGAUUGCUGGGGCUGAAGACACAUUAACUCGUGCUUUCUCUGCUGUGCUCUUCCGAAGAAUCGCUACCAAGACUCGCAAGGACCCCGUCUCCGGCGACGUAAAGGAGGUCUUUAUGAGCCUGCCCAAUGAGCAGCGUAUUGUGAUCCGCGAGAAGUUGGUGACAUGUCUGACCACCGAGUCUACCCUCGAUGUGCGCAAGAAGAUUGGAGAUGCUGUGGCUGAGGUGGCCCGCCAGUACACCGACAAUGGCGACCAAUGGCCCGAGCUGCUUGGUGUUCUCUUCCAGGCCAGCCAGUCUGCUGAGUCUGGUCUGCGCGAGACUGCUUUCCGUAUCUUCACAACCACCCCCGGCAUCAUUGAGAAGCAGCAUGAACAGGCUGUCCUUGGUGUCUUCACUAAGGGCUUCGAAGAUGACAACAUCUCGGUACGAAUUGCCGCUAUGGAAGCCUUCGCCGCUAUGUUCCGCUCUAUCGAGAAGAAGUCCCAGUCCAAGUUCUUUUCCCUUGUGCCUGCUCUUCUUAACAUCCUGCCUCCCCUUAAAGAAUCUAGCGAGAGUGAGGAGCUUUCUGCAGCAUUCCUGGCUCUCAUUGAACUGGCCGAAAUCAGCCCGAGGAUGUUUAAGAGCUCAUUCGGCGACUUGGUCAAGUUCAGCAUUAGUGUUAUCGCCGACAAGGAGCUCAGCGACCAGGUUCGCCAGAAUGCGCUGGAGCUUAUGGCCACUUUCGCCGAUUAUGCACCUAACAUGUGUAAGAAGGAGACCAACUUUGCGCAGGAGAUGGUUACCCAGUGUCUGAGCCUGAUGACUGAUGUUGGUGCCGAUGAUGAUGACGCUGAGGAGUGGAAUGCGUCUGAAGACCUUGAACCCGAAGAGAGCGACCUGAACCACAUUGCCGGUGAGCAAUGUAUGGACCGCCUGGCCAACAAGCUUGGUGGCCAAGCCAUUCUCCAGCCCGCAUUCUCCUGGAUUCCUCGCAUGAUGUCUUCAACUGCUUGGCGCGAUCGCCACGCCGCUCUGAUGGCCAUCUCGGCCAUUUCGGAGGGCUGCCGUGAUCUGAUGACCAAUGAGUUAGACCAGGUCCUUGCCCUGGUUGUUCCUGCUCUGCGGGAUGCGCACCCCCGUGUCCGCUAUGCCGGCUGCAACGCCCUCGGCCAAAUGAGCACCGACUUUGCCGGUAUCAUGCAGGAGAAGUACCACGGCAUUGUCUUGAACAACAUUAUUCCUGUUCUCGGCUCUAGUGAGCCCCGUGUGCAGUCGCACGCCGCUGCUGCUCUGGUCAAUUUCUGCGAGGAAGCUGAGCGCAGCAUUCUCGAGCCCUACCUCGGCGACCUCCUGAGCCGCCUUCUGGAACUCCUGCGCAGCCCUAAGCGCUACCUGCAGGAACAGGCUUUGUCAACUAUUGCCACCAUCGCUGAUUCUGCUGAAACCGCCUUCGGCCAGUACUACGGCACCCUUAUGCCGCUCCUGCUUAACGUCUUGAAGGAGGAGCAGGGUAAGGAAUACCGGCUACUCCGUGCUAAGGCCAUGGAGUGUGCCACUCUGAUCGCCCUGGCCGUUGGCAAGGAGAAGAUGGGCCAGGAUGCCCUGAACCUCGUCCAAAUCCUGGGCAACAUCCAGCAGAACAUUGUCGAUGCCGACGACCCUCAGUCGCAGUACCUUCUUCACUGCUGGGGCCGUAUGUGCCGUGUUUUGGGUCGUGACUUCGUGCCCUACCUGCCUGGUGUUAUGCCUCCAUUGUUGACCGUGGCUGCCGCCAAGGCCGAUAUCCAGCUGCUGGAUGACGAGGACCAGAUCGAGCAGGUCGAGCAGGAUGAGGGCUGGGAGCUGGUUCCCCUCAAGGGCAAGGUCAUUGGUAUCAAGACCAGCGCUCUGGAGGACAAGAAUACAGCCAUCGAGCUGAUCACUAUCUAUGCUCAAAUUCUGGAAGAGGCCUUCGAGCCUUACGUCCUGGAGACUAUGGAGAAGAUUGCCGUACCUGGCCUUGCAUUCUUCUUCCAUGACCCUGUCCGCGUGUCGGCCGCUAAGCUGAUUCCCCAGCUGCUGAACUCCUACAAGAAGGCCCACGGUGGCGCCUCAGCUGGCUUUGCUGAGAUGUGGAACAAGGUGGCUGAGAAGAUCAUCGAGGUGCUGAGUGCUGAGCCCACCAUCGAUACACUGGCCGAGAUGUACCAGUGCUUCUACGAGUCUGUUGAGGUCGUUGGUCCCAACAGCCUCACCCCGCAGCACAUGCAGGCAUUCAUUGACUCCUCCAAGUCUACCCUUGAAGAUUACCAGAUGCGCGUGACGCAGCGGCUGGAGGACCAAGCCGAGCUUGAGGAGGGCGAUGAGGAUAACCUCGACUUCGAGUAUGCUAUCGAGGAUGACCAGAACCUACUCAGCGACAUGAACAAGGCCUUCCACACUAUCUUCAAGAACCAAGGCACCACUUUCCUGCCUGCCUGGCAACAGCUGAUGCAGUUCUACGACAACUUUAUCACCAGUCAGGACCCGACCCAGCGGCAAUGGGCCCUGUGCAUCAUGGACGAUGUGCUGGAGUUCUGCGCUGCCGAGUCUUGGACCUUCAAGGACCACAUCAUGCAACCCCUGGCCUCUGGUCUGCAGGAUGAGAAUGCUGCCAACCGCCAGGCGGCCGCCUAUGGUGUUGGUGUUGCUGCUCAGAAGGGCGGCGCUCCCUGGGCCGACUUUGUUGCUGCCAGCAUCCCCAGUUUGUUCCAGGUGACCCAGCACCCCCAGAACCGUACCGAGGAGCAUGUCUUUGCGACCGAGAACGCCUCAGCUAGUAUUGCUAAGAUCCUGCACUUCAACGCCUCCAAGGUGCAGAAUGCCCAAGAGAUCGUGACCAACUGGAUCGAUACUCUGCCUAUCACUUACGAUGAGGAGGCCGCACCGUACGCCUACUCUUUCAUUGUCCAAUUGGUUGACCAGCAAAACCCGGCCGUUCUCAGCAAGGCCGACCGCGUGUUCGGCUUCAUCGUGCAGGCCCUCGAGGCCGGCACCCUGCAGGGUCAGACGGCUGCCCGCGUCGCCCAGGCGGGCAAGCAGCUGGUGGCUGCGACCGGCGUGAACGCAGAGUCAAUCCUGGCGGGCGUCAGCCCGGAUAACCAAGAGCGGGUGCGCAAGCUCUUCCAGUAG